AUGCAUUCAGAAGCAGCAGUAUUCAACGCUGUCUAUCGAUGCAAGAAUUCAAGUGUCCCUACUGAAGAGAAAAUUCAUCAAACAAUUAAAUUUUUAGAAGAAAAUGAAUUUUGGCGCACGAACUCUCUCUCUUUGUUUGCAAAUCACAAAGAUCCAGGGGUUGUUCGAGUAGUGAAAAUCCUACAGAAACAAGAAGUUCGAGAUAUAUGGAAUGGGGAAGAACCAUGUGAACACAAAGGCAAUUCCAAGGAACAAUCAAAUCAAAACGGAAAAAAACCUUCAAAUAACGUAGAAGAAUCGAGAAAACCAGUUGCAAGCGAUGCGGUUGAGACGGAUGGAGGUGCAAUUGUGGAUGAACAGAAAAGUGAUAUUGGUGUAAAUAUUAAUGAUAGAAAGAAUAUGUCUUGCUAUCCUCAUAAUAGUCAGUUCCAAAAUACUUCACUGGUCCCAGUCAGUAGAGAGUGGGUGCCAUCGUAUAACGUACAAAAUACAACGGUUGACCAAACCACUACAAAUCCUCAUAAUGAGAAUUAA